AUGGCAGGACCGAUUUCCGCUGAUACAACUGUCUCUGGUGAUUCUACCAAUUUUAUAAACAAAUUAUUACAAUUAAAAGAAUUAUCCGGUGAUAUUUCUGAAAUUUAUAAACGUGCAAACAAAUUUAACAACAAACUAGUAUCAUUGCAGUCAGAUUUCUCAAAUAAUAUCCAAAAUUUUUCCACCAUUUUGAGUGGCAUAUCACAAAGUUAUCUAAUUUAUAAGAAGUUGGGAAGGAAGAUUGAAAAUCUCGAGAAGUUAAACGUUUUGAUGGACAGUUACAUUCAAUGCAUUCAGAUACCCGAAGAGCUCGUUGAUUCCGUUGGAAAUGACGUUAUCGACAAUAAUUAUUUGCUUAAACACACCUAUUUUCUGGCUAAAUUGGACCUGUGCAAUCAGAUACAACAUGAAAAUUAUCCAUCAUUAAUACGGGCUCGAAUAAAACUCAAACAAUUGCUCGAUUUGGCAAAUAAACGUAUAUAUCACCACUUGAGAUAUAUUAUGGAGGAGGGAUUUAAAUCCCAAAAUUUUCACAACCUACUUGAUAAUAAGUACUUAUAUGACCACCUAUUCAAAUACUCCACUUUGACUAAUGACUUGAGGAAGGGUUAUUCAGAAAUGUUAAAAACGAGCUACUUUAAUAGUUUGGAUGAUAAUCUUAGAGUACUGGGAAAUUUUAACAUGUGUAACACUUAUUUAGCACCCAAAGCUAAAACUAAUGCUAAAUCUAGUUUUAAACUUGUAAAAUACCUGAAUAAAAUAUUUAUAACCGAAUUUAGGGAUUACUUGCUGUCAGACUGCGAUUGGAAAAAGUUAUUUGCUGCGGAACAAUCUAGAGGUACAAACAAUGCGCCAGAAAAUCUGUUCAACCAGUUUAUCACCAAAAUAAUUUCAUACAGUAAUAAAGAAUUAUCUAUGGCAUCCAAAUUAUUUGAUAUUUGUGAUGAAGAUUUCGGCAUCAAUUAUCAAAUAUUGAGCGAUUACACUGAGAUUAGACAAGUACUUGUACCAACACUAGAAAAGUUCAUGGGUAAAUGUGAAAUUUACCUGGACAAAUCAGAAGACAUAGUUGGACACUUAUUAAUACUAACAUUCAUUGUUGACACGAUAAGUUAUUUUGAAACUAAUGGCUAUACCCAGUACCAGGAAAUAAUGUCUAAUGUGAAACUAAUGUUUACUGCUAAAGUACAAAAUAUUAUUUCAAAUGUAAUAAAUGAAAUGGUGGAAUACAAUCGUAUUUCUGUUAAAAAUUCGAAGGAUUACUUAAAAUCUGUGGCUAAUACGCCAGAUUGGAAUAUAGAAUUAACUGCCACAUUGAUAGUUACUUGUAUGCGUGUUAUACAUUGCUAUAAUUUUGAUGAUAUAAUAAAACUUUUCAACGAUCUAAUUGAAACGACUUUGAACGCCAUAAUCUCUCUGUCUGCAUUGCAGGAAAGCAGAGUUAAGGAAGAUAUUUACGUUAUUAACCAAUUGGCCUCAUUGAUAAGUGCGUUGGAUUCAAAGAGCUGCAGGGCCAUUGUUGAAAGGUUGGACAAAUUAUACCAAGAAACUUGUUGUAGACACAUAAAUUCUCAAAUUAAACUGAUGUUUAAACCGAUCAUCGAAAUUACAAGUGAUGCAAAUAUUGAUAAAUUCAUGUCUUUGUCAAACGAGUUUAUCACAUCGCACAAAAACAUAUUGUACAAUGUAGAUAAGGCGUGUAAACAAUACUUUCACUCAAAAGUCACUCACACAACUAUUUUGCAACAUGCCAGAAAUUCUGUUAUCAAUAUAUGGAAUGAGUACUUGGUUAAAUUAGAAAAGUUUAAGGAGAUAAAUCCAUCUAGUGGCGCGGAUAAACUGUACAAUAUGUCCAAAAGCGUUAGUUUGUAA